UUUCUUCUACCAGCUCCUCUCUGCCUACUGACCAUGCUGCUGCCACCCCUCAGUCCUGGGGACCCCAUCUCCCCAGCUGAGCCCAUCAGUCAAGCCUACAGCCUGGCCCUUUACAUGCAGAAGAAUACAUCAACACUGCUGCAGACUUACCUCCAGUACCAAGGCAGCCCCUUUAGUGACCCUGGCUUCUCAGCCCCUGAGCUCCAGCUCAGCAGCCUGCCUCCUGCCGCCGUCUCCUUCAAGACCUGGCAUGCCCUGGAUGAUGCAGAGCGGCUGGGCCGGGCCCAGGGGGCCUUCCAGGCCUUGUCCCAGCACCUCCAGCUAGUGGGGGACGACCAGAGUGACCUGAACCCUGCCAGCCCUAUCCUGCUGGCUCAGCUUGGGGCUGCAAGACUCAGGGCCCAAGGCCUGCUGGGAAACAUGGUUGCCAUCAUGACUGCCCUGGGCCUGCCCAUCCCCCCAGAAGAGGAUACUCUCAGGCUUGUCGCCUUUGGGGCCUCAGCCUUUGAGAGGAAAUGUCGAGGCUAUGUAGUGACCCGGGAAUAUGGCCACUGGACAGACCGAGCUGUGAGGGACUUGGCUCUGCUCAAGGCCAAAUAUCCUGGAUAGAGGAGGUGGGACUUUCUGUCAGAGGCUUCAACACUGCCCCUUUGACAAUGGACUCUUUUCUGCUUCUCGACUAGAAAGGAGACACAUCUCAUCUAGCAGCCAGGGCUCCUGUGCCAUGUAUUUGGGAAUAUUUGCUGGGAAUCAGGCCUCAGGUCCCUAUUGCCUGGGCCUUCCUGCCUAGGUCACAUGGUAUCCCUUCCAGAUCUGGGUGGGAGACUCUGUGGACAUCACUUCAUGGAUUACCACUCCAGUGGUACUCACUGCCAACUUUCUGGGUGGGAAGAAGUGCCUCUUUGAAGAGGCUUCACUUCCCCCGGUACAGGGAGAGGACAGUGGGUCUUCUUCCUGGGCUCUCCCUGAGACCUUCCCCUUGCUGAAAUUUUGGGGAGGUUGAGGGGCUGCCGUCUUGUCUCUGUCUACCUCACUUCCUGAAUGCAGAUAUGGGCUUUCCGAGGAGACAGGCCUCCCUUCUUGGCCAGGAUUCAUUUCCUUCCCUCGUCUACCCCUCUGACUGCGGCCACUGUUCCAACUUCCUAUCUUAAGGAGCAUCACUUCCUGAUCAAGGGAAGUCCUAUUCUUGAAAAACUAAGAACUCACGUCACAUCUGUUUCCUGCUUGGGAUGCAUCUACUUCCUGUUCUGGGCUG